ACAACCACACAUCUUUUUCACGUCCUGUUUAAACGCACCACCUCUUUGGUUCCACCUUCCCUGAUGCUGAAAUGAACUUUCAACAAAGGAGUCACAUCCUCUUGUAAACGUCUUUUAUACACUUACCACAAUCUCUUAAACCUUAUCAAGAGGCACUUGCAGACUUGCAUCAAUAUGGAGGAGUUCAUGGAGGAUCACCAUUGCGGAGACUCUCUCUUCCCAACCUCUACCCUGAUUCCUGUCACCACCAUUUGCAUCCUGCUCUUCAUCGUCGGCAUAACCGGCAACACCAUGACCAUCCUCAUUAUCCAGCGCUUCAAGGACAUGAAGACCACCACCAACCUGUAUCUCUCCAGCAUGGCCAUCUCAGAUCUUGUCAUCUUCCUCAGCCUCCCCUUCGACCUCUACCGCCUCUGGAAGUACGUACCCUGGGUCUUCGGGGAGCUGGUGUGCCGUCUGUCACACUACAUCAAUGAAGGAUGCACCAACGCCACCAUCCUCCACAUCACAGUGCUCAGCAUGGAGCGUUACCUGGCCAUCUGCUUUCCUUUCAAAGCCAAGGCUGCCAUUACCAAGCGAAGAGUCAAGUAUGUCAUUCUGGCUCUGUGGGGAUUCGCCCUACUAUCUGCUGCGCCAGUGUUCUUCCUGAUGGGUGUGGAGUACGAGAACGAGACGAUGCCUGACCCAGACACUCGGCAAUGCAAGCACACACGCUAUGCCAUUGAAUCAGGGCUUCUGCACACCACUAUCUGGGUGUCGACCGCCUACUUCUUCUGCCCCAUGUUUUGCCUACUCUUUCUGUAUGGAUCCAUUGGUCGAAAGUUGUGGAAGAGUCGUCAUGAACUUCAUGGGCCCAAUGCAGCAGCCAGACAGAAGGUUAACAGGCAGACUGUCAAGAUUCUGGCUGUUGUUGUGUCGGUCUUUGCCAUUUGCUGGCUGCCUUACCACAUUGGUCGGUUUCUCUUCACACAUGUGGAUGACUACCACUCCGCCCGCCUCAGCCAGAACUUCAACGUGGCCUCCAUGGUGCUCUUCUACCUGAGCGCCUCAAUUAACCCCGUCCUCUACAACCUCAUGUCUAACAAGUAUCGCUCUGCUGUCAAACGCCUCUUCCUGUUGCCCCGCAGGCGCCACCACGGGCCCAACCGGAGACAUAUCUCGACCCGUGAUGACAUCACCAUGUGCACAGAGACAUUCAAUGGGGUAAAAGAGACCGUGAUGACAGAGGAGGCCCUACGGUAACAUCAUCCUUGCUGAAGAGGAACUCAGGAACCUGGGAGAAGAGAAGAAAGUGUGGGAUUAUUGGAUAAGAGCUGGAGUGAUUGGUGUGACGGAAAUGAAAAAUGAGUUUGGAACUGACUCACAUUGUGAGUGGAAACAGCUUGUGACUGUGACUGUGCCGGGGGAGAUGACUCAUAAAUGAAAGGCUUCACAUAAAUGCAUAAUAUCACAGUUAUUAUACAGUUAUUACACACUGUAAUGAUUGAUCAUUGUAGUGAUAGUAAUCAUGUUGUCUAGAUCAAUAACAUAUAAUAGGUUUCGUAAAUAACUACUUGAUAAAUGUCAAUAUUGUGACUAGAAUGACUAAAUUUUGACAUUUUUAUUAUACAAAAAAACUAGUUGUGCUGAAAGAAACUGCAAACCACUGGAGACACAUAUAAAUGUGGUGUGAAAAUCAUUUUAAUGCUUCUCUCUCUUUAAAUGCGUGCUGCAUCUGAGCUCAUAAAUGAAAUGUGGCAGCCUUUAGGCAGCAUUUGUGUGCUUUAACAUCACUAUUGUAUUACACAGCAACAUAAGCCAUUUUACAGAAUGACUUACAGAAUGCAUGAUCUAAAUCUUUAAAUUCCAAAUAAACCUGUUUAUCAUUCAGUGCAUGGCAAAAUGGUGAUUCUUUACAUCAUAACCACUAAGUUAUGUUAUAAUCUUGUUGUGGUGAUGUGUUAUUUGUAUUUUAAUGUACUUGUGUCUUCAAAUGAUUCUAUUUUGCUCUGUUUGAUGUCAUUUCCUUCGCACAUAUUUGUAUUAUAGUAUUAAUAUG